AUGGACCGACAACCCGGAUAUGGCAUGGGCAAAGCAAAUCCCUACGGGCAUGGGCCGCUAAAAAAGGACAAGGAGAAGAAAAAUGGCCGAAUUAAUUCACAAGCUCCUGAUUAUCCGUGCUUGAUCUCCGGUCAGAACAGUGUUCCCAAUUCAAAGGUAUGGGGCUUCUCAUCUGCUUAUGAGUAUCAAUCGGCAUUUCCACCAAACAUCUACCUCAACAAAUGGCCUCAAGAGAGCUUUCCACGUUUGAAUGACAGCUUCGAAGCCAAUCUGGUCACAUGUCUCUCGAGAAGCGAUGUGGAUAUGCCUAUCAACUCUCGAUGUGUGUUGCCUCCAAAAACUAUGGAUGCGGAACGAAGAAAUAUAAUUUAUACAUUGCCACAAGUCGUUGAAGAACAUCUUCUGGAAAUUUUUGCGAGGGAUAAAAUCGGCUGCAAAUUCCUUCAAGAAAACUUUCCCAGCUCUGGUACAUUGAAAGAUGAAAUGUAUACACAAUUGAUGGCCAAGCAGGGAUUCCCGAAUCUUUCACGUGACGUCUUUGGCAAUUUCUUUGCUCAACUUCUCAUCGAAAACGCGGAUACGAAAUUAAAGAAAGAUUGGAUUGGAAAGUCGAUUAGUGGUUGCGUUCGAGAUCUCUGUUUGAACCGCUAUUCUUGUCGUGUCGUGCAGAGAGCACUGGAGUAUCUCCCGGAAGAAUGGACAACAGUCUUGUUGGAGGAACUUGGCCGCUCGAAUUGUCUUCAGCUCGCAAUCGAUCAAAACGCCAAUCACGUCAUUCAAAAGAUCAUGGACAUCUUCGAAGUCUCCAAAUGGGCCUUUCUCAUCGAGCAACUUGUUAGCGAUGACGAUUUAUUCUUCAAGACAAUCGAAAGCAAGUAUGGAUGUCGAGUCGUUCAAUUGGCCGUUGACAUCCUUGCAAAGAGGGUCGAAGCCGCCGGAGAUGUCGACAAAUUUUACAAGAGAACCACGAUUGCCGCCGAAUUGCUCGAUCGUGUGUUGGAAACUGUUCUGCAACACUGUCAAAGAUUGGCCAUCAACGAAUUCUCCAACUAUGUCGUUCAACACGUUAUUGCCACCGACUCACUUUCCUAUUAUCGUGAUAAAAUCAUUGAGGAUUGCUUGCUGCGCAACUUGCUCUCGUUCUCUCAGGAGAAAUUCGCUUCACAUGUCGUUGAGAAGGCACUGCAUCAUGCACCAAUUGACAUGUUGCACGCGAUGAUGGAAGAAAUUUUCGAUGGCUACAUUCCGGAUCCAGAAACCGAAAAACAAUGUUUGGACAUUCUUCUCUUUCAUCAAUAUGGCAACUACAUUGUGCAGCGCAUGUUGAUCAUCUGCCUCGACUGGUUGGAUACGAUUGAGAAAAAGAAGAACACCGUUCUUAUCAAUGCUCCAUUAUACAAGAGUUGGGCAUAUCGGCUCGAGGCUCUCAUCCAAGCAAAUGCCACCCGUCUGAAGAAAUACUCGUCGGGAAAGAAAAUUUUGACGACUUUGCAGCAAUUUCGUAGCAGCCAUCCACGUCCACCAGCC